AGUUGCUCUGCUUCAUAGCACAGUGCUUUCCAUCUGGUUCAGGUGUGCAUCUCCAUUAUGGAAUGUGAAGCUGGAGGGAGACGUAGAGCACGUCACAUUGUGGCCGUCAUUUUGCUCCUGUGCUCUUUAGUCCCAAAUUCCACUUCUCUUAGCUUGCAAGGGUUGAGCAAAGCAGUUAAAGAAGACAAGGGAGGUAAUGAAGCACCAGCCAUUGAUGUAAAGACAGGAAGCAUUGGCAUUAAUGGGAAAGAGCUUAACUUCCAGUCAGGAUCUGCUUCUGCUCCAGGAAAUGAACUGCUACGUGUUGACUUGGAUCCAUCAGACAGCACAGAGAUGUUGGAGCUGGAGAAGGACUUCUCUAAUAAAGCAGAAUGGAAGCGCUUGACCUCUUCACUACACUGUGGUCUUGACAAGAUGAAGCUAAUGUUCACAGGACUUGGUGCUGCUGACUUACAACUGGACAUGGGCAAUGCACCUCCCUUGCCUCUGAUGCAGGUGCUGGAAACUUGUGACUACUUGAUGCAGCAGAAUGAGCUGGGCCUUGAUUUAAUUGUUCCUUAUGAUGGCUGCAAUGUGAUACAAGAGAAUGGACGAUACGUGUUGCAAAUGAGAUUGCAAGAGACUCCAGUUAAAUUUGCCUGCCCCAUGUUGCCAAGUCCUGAUUCAACACCUGGUUCAACUGCCUCUGAGCCUUUGCAACAGCCCUGGGAAGUUUCUUUUUCUCCUGGGUCCAAUAGCCGUCGUCGUUCUAAACGACAUAUAGGAUGGCCUCCCAUCUGUGACCCUCAUUAUCUGUCAUAUUAUUCCUGUCCGUACUACAUAUAUGUGGCAGAGUUCUCAAAACCCAACACUCCUGCGCCUCCUCCCUAUUAUCCGUACAAUCCAUAUUACAUUAAUAGCCCCAACUACCCCUACAAACCUUUCCCAUCGACACCGUUGAAACCUGCCCGGCCUUGCAGUACCACAGCUUCCCCCACUACACCUGCUACUACACCUGCUACUACAACUAAAAAGUGCUCCCGUGGAAAACCCGCCAUUACUGAGUAUCCAGGCCAAAUUCGUCAAGACACUUCUUUUCACAAGCUUCCCUUUCCUGUACCAAUAUCACAUUUUCCGAGGGCUGGCCAAUUCCUGGAGAACCAAAAAUAUAUGCCUGAAUCUGGAUUCCAGGAUCCAGUACUUUCAGGCUUUCACUGGGAGUCUGUUCCCUGGUUUCCUCAGUCAGCAGAUCAAGGCAAUUAUCAAUUUGACUAAAAACAUCCACAACCUGAUGUCAAACCUCAAGUGGUAAGGAUCACCUGUUAACUGUGACUGGUUAAACUGAUAUGAAGUGCAAAAUUUGUAAACCAUACCUGUCUUUCUUUCAAGUGUCCUGUGGUGUUUAUAACGCAAAAUAAACAUUUUUAUUUAGAA